AUGGGAACACUGCCGCAACGGAAGGAUAUCCCCCCCUGGGUGAAGCCUCCCGAAGACCUGAAAGAUCCGGAGGUGUUCCAGGUUGAGACGCGGUUGCUGGAAGCCAUAUUGGGGCCCCGCGGCCGCGGGAUCGCCUACUUCGAGCAAGUGAGCAAAGUCAUGCUCGAGCUGAAGGUUCUGGAAUCCUCCGACCUCACCGAGGUGGUGGUUUACGGCUCCUACUUGUACAAGCUGCGGACCAGGUGGAUGCUGCAAUCUCUGGCUGAGUGGCACCGCCAGCGACAGCAGAGAGGGAUUCUCAGACUGGAGGAAGCCAUGCACGCUCUGGGACUAGAGCCUGAGAUGAAGUGA